AUGGCACUCAACCUUGUUUAUCUUCUAUGGCUCUUUAUUCUAAUUAGUACCAGUACAUUGGCAUUGAAAAAUUUCUCAAAAGAUAUUUCUCCAAAUAUUUCUGCCAAUGUUUUUGAUGUUACUUCAUUGAAUAGAAGUAGUUUUCCAAAUGACUUCAUCUUUGGAACAUCAACCUCUGCAUAUCAGUAUGAAGGUGGUGUAAAGGAAGGUGGCAAGGGAACAAGUAUAUGGGAUACCUUCACUAAAAAAUAUUCAGAAAAAAUAGUCGACAGAAAUACUGGAGAAGUCUCUGUUGAUGGAUAUCAUCGGUACAAGGAAGAUGUUGGAAUCAUGAAGUAUAUGAGUUUAGAUGCAUACAGAUUAUCCAUCUCAUGGUCUAGAAUACUACCAAAUGGAAGAAUAAGUGGAGGUAUAAAUCAGGAAGGAAUCACAUAUUACAACAACUUAAUCAAUGAGCUAUUAGCUAAUGGUAUAGAAGUAUUUGUAACCCUUUUCCAUUGGGAUCUACCACAAGCUUUGGAAGAUGAGUAUGGUGGUUUCUUAAGUCCUCUCAUUGUAUUUGAUUUUCUGAAUUACGCGGAGCUUUGCUUCAAGGAAUUUGGAGAUAGAGUGAAGCAUUGGAUUACCAUAAAUGAACCAUCAACUUACACAAUAGCUGGAUAUGCUAUAGGGAUGUUUCCACCUGGUAGAUGCUCUGAUUGGCAAAAUCUCAAUUGCACCGGCGGCGAUUCAGCGACAGAGCCCUAUUUAGUUGCACAUCACCUACUCCUUGCUCAUGCAGCAGCUGUUCAAGUCUACAAGACAAAAUAUCAGGUACCGUUGUUACUUAAAAGCCAAAGCACAUAUCAAAGGGGUUGUAUUGGAAUAGCCUUACAGUCCUACUGGUUUGUGCCAUUUUCAAAUAGCAAAUCCGAUGAAAGAGCUGCAGAACGAUCAAUUGAAUUCAUGUUUGGAUGGUUUAUGACACCAUUAACAACAGGAGGCUAUCCACAAACUAUGCGAUCCUUGGUUGGACAGCGAUUGCCAAAGUUCUCUGAAGAGCAAGCCAAACUAGUUAGGGGCUCUUUUGAUUUUAUUGGAUUAAACUACUACACAUCUAGAUAUGCGGCAAAUGUACCUCAUUUAAACAAAACUAUACCCUGUUAUCUCACAGAUUCUCUAGCCAAUGUUACUGUUGAGCGUAACGGAGUACCCAUUGGUCCAAAGGGUGCUUCAGACUGGUUUUAUAUUUACCCAAUGGGAUUUAAGAAACUAUUGGUCUACAUCAAGGAAAAGUACAAUAAUCCUUUGAUUUAUGUAGCCGAAAAUGGUAUAGAUGAGAAUAAUGACCCAACAUUGUCAUUAGAUGAAGCACUUAAGGAUAUUCACAGAAUUAAAUACCAUCAUGACCAUCUGUCAUAUCUCCGAUCAGCAAUUAGGUUCGGCGUAAACGUAAAAGGAUAUUUUGCAUGGUCUUUAUUGGACAAUUUUGAAUGGACAGAAGGCUACACAGUGAGGUUUGGAAUGAACUUUGUAGAUUACAACAAUAAGUUGAAAAGAUAUCAAAAGCUCUCAGCACAAUGGUUCAAGAGUUUUCUUGAGAGGGCUUAG